AUGUCAGCCUUCUGGGAAGACCCGACAUGGAUUCUCUUAUGGCCCAAGGAAGUCACACUGGAAUUUCUAAUUGAGCAAUGUACGAAACGCUAUCCCAAUAUCCUACAGCGUGCACGCCAGGAGGUCCGCCAUCAGAAGGCUACUGACCUGCUUACCGGCGAUCUUGUCGGAUAUGCCCGAUGGAUACUGCCUCCUACCCACUUUACUGCAAAAGGUGGGAGCUCACAGUGGUGGGUGCUCAAGUUCCGGAUAACCGAUAUGCGUUCUAUCGAUGACAUCAAUGACGCAGUAAUGGACCGUAUACUCGUGCAGAGGCCUUAUAUCAAGCUUGACUAUCUGGCUGUUCAUCCCAGAAAUAAAGGCAAGGGAAUUGCUACAGCACUUGUUGCAAGCGGCAUUAGAGCAGCUAAAUCUAUCAACGUGCCCAUCGUUACAAUGUCUUAUAAAGCAGGACGUGGGGUGUAUACGCGUCUAGGGUUUGAGGAGGUUGAUCGGGUGAUUCAGGAUGACUCGCAAUAUGGUGGCGCUGGUGAAUACGGAGCUUACUUUAUGAUAUAUGAUACCAAUAACUAA